AUGACCUUGUCGUACGCCACUGCUGCAAGGAUAUUUCAAGAUUCCUAUAUACGUGAUCCAGUGAUGUCUUACGAUAAGAAACAAUCUUAUGUCAACCUUGUGGCGCUUUCUGUGCUCUCAAUUGCGCUGAUCGGCCAGACUUCCAUCGCUACCUGGGCAUAUAUGACCACAAAGCCAAGGAUAGUAACGUGGAGUUCGAACUCUCUAAACAAUGCUCUCAUUUAUAAGCGUCUCAGCUAUUCCGGCGAUAAAAGUCACAUGGGACCCCAAGAUGGCAGGUCUUCAAGAGUGGUCGGAACAUGGUUGGCCCUCAAUCCAGAAAAGAAGCAGAGGGGACUUUGGAGGGCAAGAUCUGCCAGUAUCAAGAUCGUCAUAUACAUUUGGAUUUUAGCGGGCGCGGCAUUGUUGUGGGCAUUCAUCGCUCAAUUCGUAUCUGAGGCUUCUGGAACUGAUGUUAGCGUUACGAUCGCCCAGUCCAAAAACAAUGGUCAUCGAACGACGUAUAUUAUUAAUGGCGAUAAACACGUAUCGGGAAAUCGCUUUCAUUUCUUCGUCAUAUUAUUGGUGUUUCUGGUACAAAUACCGUUCACACUGGGAUUGCACUGUGUAGAGCUGGUGGUUAAUUGUACUCGCGAUGAGAAAGCCUGGAGACGUGCCACAACGAAGAAGGGCGCUCGUAUAGAUUCCAACGCCAUUGUUGGAGCUUGUAAAAGCUGGGACACGGUCACACUCUUCGUGUUGAAAGGUGCAAUUCAUUGGGCGUUUGGAGAAGCGGGAUCAUCGGCAGCAUUGCCAGCAGUGGCCGGCCUUUAUUUGCAAUAUCUCUCUCUAUUCAUAUUAGCGUUCUUUCUGGGAUAUCUAGCCAUUUUUACCACCAUUCUCACAUUUCGGAAGCCAAAGGGACCUCAGCCUGCUGCGUGGGGCCACUUACGAUCUCUGACCGAACUAAUUGACGACUGGGGCAAAGAUGAAGAUCCUAUCUUUUGGGGAGACAAGGGUUCAUCGGAAUCUUCAAGAUCCGUGAGAUAUGCCGGUACAGCUGCAAAGCGAGAAAUAAUCGGACCAAUUCAGAUGGAUGCCCGGUACGAAAUGGGGGAGGCGAUCAGUGGAGACGCUCAGACGAAGCCGAUGUCCUGUUGA